UCUGCCACAGAUUCCCACAAAGGGCGAGACAUACCUGUCUUGAUGGACAUUCAGAAAUGGAAAGACCGACCCGCGGUGGGGUGCGCAGGCCUGGCCCCAUUGGCGCCCAUAUUCUUGGAUGGUCGGGAAGACACUGCUGGUUACCCCUCUCUUCAGCCUCUAUGUCCCUGUGCCAACGUUUAGAUAAGGUCAAUGGGGUGACAGUUCACGGAGCCACACCCCUCUUCAAUGCUUGCUGCAGUGGCAGCGCUGCGUGCUUCAACGUGCUGCUGGAGUUUGGAGCCAAGGCCCUGCUCGAGGUGCACCUGGCUUCACCCAUCCACGAGGCAGUGAAGAGAGGUAAUAGAGAAUGCAUGGAGAUUCUGCUGGCAAAUAACGUUAACAUUGACCAGGAAGUGCCUCACCUUGGAACUCCCCUGUAUGUGGCUUGCACCUAUCAGAGGCUAGACUGUGUGAAGAAGCUUCUAGAAUUAGGAGCCAAUGUUGACCACGGCCAGUGGCUGGACACCCCCCUCCAUGCCGCCGUGAAGCAGAACAGUGUGGAAAUCAUCCACCUGCUGAUAGACUACGGGGCUAACCUCAAGUGCAGAAACGCUCAGGGCAAAAGUGCGCUUGAUCUGGCAGCUCCGAAAAGCGGCGUGGAGCAGGUGCUCCUGCUCCGGGAAGGCCUGCCUGCUCUUUGCCAGCUGUGCUGCCUGUGUGUCCGGAAGUGCUUGGGUCGCAUCUGUCAUCAGACCAUCCACAAACUGUAUCUGCCGGAGCCACUGGAAAAAUUCCUCCUAUACCAGUAGUCCCAACUGUCCACGGGAAGAUACUUGGAAAUAAACAGGUUGUUGCCUGCUGUACCCAGGGUACCUAGUGUAACACCCAACAGCUAGACUCAAAUGAGCUAAGCUAGUUAGAGCACAUCCCUGAUGGACUGGCACACGUGGGGAAUGAAAACUCCUGGCUAGUUUAAUGUUCUCUUUAACUAAGGGGCAAUCAGAAACUUUUCUGUUUUUAGCUCUUGUUGUUAAGAAACUUUAAAAAAAUUGUGAAGUAGGGUGAAAUUA